AUGCGCCCAUAUGCCAUUGCAAUUCUUCUAGUACUGGCGAUUUUGGAGGUAGCAGGAUGUCAUCCCAUUUUGAAUCCAAUCGCACCUGGGAGCACAAAUGCAAUCUUUAAUCGAGACGGCACACCUGCGAUUGUAUCUGACGCUCUCGGCGAUAACAUCUUAACUGCGGCUGGUCCGCUUGGUAUAGCUGUGCGUGUUGGUUCACCUAUCCGGGGAGAAAAUUGGAAUAAUCGGGUGGAUAAUUCGAGCCCUCCUGCUACCCUUUACGAAGACGGAAAAAAUUACAAUAAUGAGGGUGACGGCCAUUGCCAUGAUGCGGGGAUUGGAAAGACAGAUACGCCGAUUCUCAUAGGAGGAGUUCUUAUAGGAGCCUGCAAGGAGCGUUUUUCAGCGUCUGAAGUCGAAGAGAUCACGAAGAGAGAAUCUGCGGGCCAUAGUUGA